CAAAAUCCUAAAUCGAAUCCAUUUCAAGUUCACGUUGUCGUCAUCAUGAGUUUGUUUUUGCCAUUUAUCGCGGCUGCUCAUCGUUGGUUGUUAGGACUGGCAAUGGGCGGAAUGGGGGGAAUCGUCUAAAAUUAGAACAGCGCCCAAAAAUAGAUCGGCCAUCUGCUAUGUGUGUGACGUCAGGUGCGGAAGAGUUGCGGUCAGGUGCCACGGUGCCCCCCAUAUCCAAUGUAAACACAAUUUCUGGAAUGCUUGAAUGCUAACCAUCAAAAUGGAUUGUUUGUUCCCUCGCUUUUCGAUCGGUUUCUCCCGGUUCUGCUGUAUUCCCUUAUCGCACCUCUGCUUCGUCGGCAAAUGUCAACCUUUUGCACUGAUCAUUUCUGGUAUUCGUUUCAGCAAACUAAGGGUGACUGGUCAAUCUCUUGACGAGAGUCUGGAGUGCAAGCUGAGUGCUCGGAUCUCAAGCGGAUCAUCGGUCAAUCGGAACACAACACUGCUGUGGCUGACGACUGCAAGAUGCCCACUAAUGUUCGCUGUAAAUGAGGGCUUUUCCUCUGGGUGCCCAUUUGAUUCGAAGUCGAAACGGAUUAUAGAUGAUUGCCAGAGGAAAUAUAUAGUGGCACUCAUCCCCGGGUACGGUACAUUGGGCCAUUCAGAAAUUCCCAUUGGGCGAGUCCCAGCAGCUGAUUCAUGCCAUGCCGGAGCCCAGAGCCAAUUCCGUAUCCGAAUCAAAGCACACACACACACAUGCAAUCGAUCGCCCACACCACACCGAUCGGUGACUACGUUGUGGCACCCCCACAACAAUGGCAACAACAAGUAG